AUGGAGCUCGGGGCCCCGGGGACGUCGCCGCUGCUGCUGCUGCUGCUGCUGGGGGCCGGCCUCCUGCCUGUGAGCAGCCACGCAGAGACCCGGGCUCAUGCGGAGGAGCGGCUGCUGAAGAAGCUCUUCUCUGGCUAUAAUAAGUGGUCCCGGCCCGUGGCCAACAUCUCGGAUGUGGUUCUUGUCCACUUCGGCCUGUCCAUCGCGCAGCUUAUUGACGUGGACGAGAAGAACCAGAUGAUGACGACGAAUGUGUGGGUGAAGCAGGAGUGGCACGACUAUAAGCUGCACUGGGACCCCGCCGACUAUGAGAACGUGACUUCCAUCCGAAUCCCCUCCGAGCUCAUCUGGCGGCCAGACAUUGUCCUGUACAACAAUGCGGACGGGGACUUUGCUGUCACCCACCUGACCAAGGCCCACCUCUUCCACGACGGCCGGGUGCAGUGGACGCCCCCAGCCAUCUACAAGAGCUCCUGCAGCAUCGACGUCACCUUCUUCCCCUUCGACCAGCAGAACUGCACCAUGAAGUUUGGGUCCUGGACCUAUGAUAAGGCCAAGAUUGACCUGGUGAGCAUGCACAGCCGCGUGGACCAGCUGGACUUCUGGGACAGUGGCGAGUGGGUCAUUGUGGAUGCCGUGGGCACCUACAACACACGCAAGUAUGAGUGCUGCGCGGAGGUCUACUCGGACAUCACCUAUGCCUUCAUCAUCCGGCGCCUGCCGCUCUUCUACACCAUCAACCUCAUCAUCCCCUGCCUACUCAUCUCCUGCCUCACUGUGCUCGUCUUCUACCUGCCCUCCGAGUGCGGCGAGAAGAUCACCCUCUGUAUCUCCGUGCUGCUGUCGCUCACCGUCUUCCUGCUGCUCAUCACUGAGAUCAUCCCAUCCACCUCACUGGUCAUCCCACUCAUCGGCGAGUACCUGCUCUUCACCAUGAUCUUCGUCACGCUCUCCAUCAUCAUCACCGUCUUUGUGCUCAACGUGCAUCACCGCUCCCCGCGCACACACACCAUGCCUGCCUGGGUCCGCCGCGUCUUCCUGGACAUCGUGCCGCGCCUGCUCUUCAUGAAGCGGCCAUCCGUGGUCAAGGACCACUGCCGGCGGCUCAUCGAGUCCAUGCACAAGGCGGCCAGUGCUCCGCACUUCUGGCCGGAGCCCCAGGGGGAGCCCGCCUGCUCUCCGUCCCUGACCUGUGGGGUGGACCAGUCCAGCAAGCCCCAGCCAGCCCACACAACACCCUCGGACCAGGUGCCCACUCUGCAGCCUUCAGAGGCCAAGAAGGCCAGCCCCUGCCCAUCUCCUGGGCCCUGCUGUCCCCCCACCAGCACCCGGGCCCCGGGACUCACCAAGACCCGGUCCCUAAGUGUCCAGCACGUGUCCAGCCCCAACAAAGCAGUGGAGGAUGGCGUGCGGUACCGGUCCCGGAGCAUCCAGUACUGCGGGCCGCGAGAGGAGGCUGCCUCACCAGCCGCCCACCUGGCAGAUAGCUCCUCUUCCUCUCCGACCAAGGCUCCCUCAGCCGAGCUCCCGCCCCCAGACCAGGCCUCCCCCUGCAAAUGCCAGUGCAGGAAGGAGCCGGGGGCUCCAAAUGCCACGCUCAAGACCCCCAGCACCAGAGCGCCGCCUCUGCCUCUGUCGCCAGCCCUGGCACGGGCGGUGGAGGGUGUCCAGUACAUCGCAGACCACCUGAAGGCGGAAGACACAGACUUCUCGGUGAAAGAGGACUGGAAGUAUGUGGCCAUGGUCAUCGACCGCAUCUUUCUCUGGGUGUUCAUCAUCGUCUGCCUGCUGGGGACUGCUGGCCUCUUCCUGCCACCCUGGCUGGCUGGCAUGAUCUAGGGGCCCGGACUCGGGACUCCCUGAACUCGAUGGGGUCAUGCUACUUACCAGAUUGCCCCCCAUCCUCUGUCUGCUAUGAGAUGGCCUUGGAAGGAGCUGCUGACCCCUGGGGACCUGCCCGGGGGACUGGUGAAUGCCUGUCUGCAGGGUGGUGUCACUGCCUGUCUUAUUAAAGUUUAACCGGAGAAUGGC